AUUAUAAAACACAAUCAGUCCCCACAAAAGAGAAAACCAUCAAAGGUAUUAGAAGAAGACAUCAGAGAGAGAAAGAGAGAAAGAAAAAAGAGAAAAAUGGGAAGAGCUCCUUGUUGUGACAAAGCAAAUGUGAAGAAAGGACCAUGGUCACCAGAAGAAGAUUCAAAGCUUAAAGAUUAUAUAGAAAAAAAUGGAACUGGUGGAAAUUGGAUUUCUCUUCCUCAAAAAGCUGGUUUAAGGAGAUGUGGAAAAAGUUGCAGAUUAAGAUGGCUUAACUAUCUUAGGCCAAACAUUAAGCAUGGAGAAUUUUCAGAUGAAGAAGACAGAAUCAUUUGCACUCUUUAUGCUAAUAUUGGAAGCAGGUGGUCAAUUAUAGCUGCACAAUUACCUGGAAGAACUGAUAAUGAUAUAAAAAACUAUUGGAACACAAAACUAAAGAAGAAACUAAUGAAUUUACUUCCACAAUCUCAUCAUAACACAAUUCUACCUUAUCAACAAAUCUCUUCUCCAUUACCUUCUCAUUCCACCUCAUUUUACAAUCAACCAAACACAUCUUUCAUCACAAACAUUGAACCAAUUUCUCUUCCUUCACCAAUCUCUAACCCUUUUUACCAUAACCAAGAGUCUUUGCUCAAUGGUUUUAGUACUAACACUUCCAUGCAAUAUAAUUCUAUUGGUGAAAGUGUUGUCAUGUUUGGAAGUGAGGGAAGUUGUUGCACUUCAUCAGAUGGAAGUCUUGGAAAACAAGAAGAAAUAAUGGGAUUUCAAAAUUUCAUGCAAAGUAGUCAUAAUCAUAACAAGUUGAUUCAUGGAAGUGAUGGAAGAGGAGAAUAUCUUGUUGAUGUUAAUCACCAUUGGGAAAAUGAAAAGGUGAAUUUAUGCUUUGGUAAGGAAAUUACAACAGGUUUGGAUUAUGAUCUUGAGUAUAUUAAGCAAUUGAUUAGUUGUAAUAAUGGUAAUUACUUGAGUAUUGAUGAAAACAAGAUGAAGGAAGAGAAGAGUAUGUACUACUACUAUUGAAUUAGGACCACUGAGCACAAGUAAAAUCAGAAAGAUAUGUUCAGUGAGAGGUAGAAGAUUCAGAUAAGACUUUAAGCUAAUUAUUAUUAAUUAUUAUUAGUUUUAUGGAAUUCUGUGUUCUUUGGAAGAAAUUUAUUAAUAUUAGACAUUUUAUAUUUUGAUAUCAUAGUACACAUGGUAUUGGAUAAAUUUAUUUUGUAUUUUGGGUAGUGUGUUUUUAGCAACUAAUUAAUUAAGUCUAUAAUGCUAACCUUGAUGUUAGAUUUUUAGAAGUAUAUUGGGAACAAUGUGAACCAGCUUAUUAACCUUGAGAAAUUUAGCAUUGUAUGUACUAGCUAGUCCAUUCAUUAAGCUAAU